UUCCCAGAUUUGAGACUUCUUUUGCUCAGUCAACUUUUGGCCUCCCUGAUAAUUGCAGCUAGAUCAUUAAGUUGCUACUAUUGCAUUGACGAGGACGGGGCACCAGACUCGACUGAGGAAUGUUAUGAGCCAGGUGUACAUUUACUUCAUACAUGUCCAGAGAGAACCACGCAAUGUCUUGCGUUUGAGGGCGUUUCAUCUCGCCCAACAGGCGAUUCAAUGUCUGGUGUUGUACGGAUGUGUGGGCCUCCAGUAACCCCGCCCCUAAAUACCACCGAGGCACCUCAACAAGAACUUCCAGAAAACAGGUGCUACUGUGACGCAGAGGCCACUGAUUGGUUUAAGAAGUUCUUACCCGUGCUUGACCCUGGUGACCUGAUCGUUGAGGGCGCUAUCUGUUUCUGUGAUCACAAUGGCUUGUUAUUCCUCUAUAUCUAA